AUGAGAGGAUUUAAAAGAAUUAUUAGUGUGGUCCAGAGCGGCAGUCUGUGGUUUCUUCGACACAGUCCUAUACCUUUUCCAUUUGUUGAUGAAAGAACUGCUUCUUGGAGUCAGGGGGAGUUUACAAUACCACUCCCCAAAGAUACUGGCAUUGCUCGGGUACCACUUGCAGGAGCUGCAGGAGGCCCUGGGGUUGGCAGGGCAGCUGGCAGAGGAGUGCCAGCUAGCGGUCCAGCUCCCCAGGUACCCGCUGGAUUAGAAGGCCUUGUCGAAGGGGUGGGGAGAACAUCCCAACAGGUAAUAACUCCACAGGGAAAAGGCACUGUAGCAGCUGCUGCAGUUGCUGCUGCUGUCAGCAUUGCUGGAGCCUCAACUCAGUACCCACCAGUAGGAGGGACCCCACCCACUCCUGUGGGCUGGGCAACACCACCUCCAGGCAUUAUGGCACCUCCACCUGGUAUGAGAUCACCCACAGGCCCACCAACUGGACUUCCCCUUGCUCGAAGGACGCCAAUGGGCAUGUCCCCUCCAGGAAUGAGACAUCUCCCACCAGGAAUUAGAGUCAGCUCCCCAGGAAUGCAGCCCCCAAGACCCUAG